AGAUAUCAAAAGCAAAUUUUAACAACUUAUAGGCCAAUUAAAAUUCGGAAUUUAAAUAAAAAAGACCGUUUAUAAUGGAUUAUAAAUUAAUAACACCUGAGUAUUAUGAAGAAGUUAUAAAACAUUUGAGAAAUACAUUUUUCUCUGAUGAACCAUUAAAUAAAGCAGCUAAUUUAUGUGAAAAAGGUGAAGGAAAUCCAGAUUUGGAAUUACAUAGUUAUAAAACAUUGGAAGAUAAUUUAAGUAUUAUGGCAAUAACGGAAGAUGAUGAAAUUGCUGGAGUAAUUUUAAAUGGAUUAGUAAGAGCAGAUCAAAAUGCUUGUCAAAAAAAAUUGGAUUUAUCAAGUGAUGAAAAUUUUAAAAAAAUUUUCAAUUUAUUAAAUUACAUUAAUUCCAAAGUGAAUUUUUUUGAUAUAUUCAAUAUUGAUAAAUUGUUUGAUAUCAGAAUUUUAUCAGUUGAUUCAAAAUAUCGAGGUCGUGGUAUAGCAAAGAAUUUAAUUGAACAUAGUAUUAAAAUAGCAAAAGAAUUUAAUUUUGAGAUAAUUAAAGCUGAUGCAACCGGAAUGUUUUCACAAAAACUUUUAAGAUCACAUGGAUUUGAUAUUAUGACCGAAUUAUAUUAUGAUAAAUAUGUUGAUGAAUUUGGUAAACCUAUUUUAAAAGUUGAAUCACCGCACAUUAAAUUGCAAUUACUUUAUAAAAAAAUUGCUUAAAUAUAAAUUAUAAAUAAUAAAACGAAUAAAUAAACCAACAAUAAUGU